GUUUCUCAUACAUGCGGAUGAAGUACCUUUUCCUCUCUUGGUUAGUAGUAUUUAUUGGCAGCUGGGUUACGUAUGUUCAGUACUCCACCUACACAGAACUAUGCAGAGGACAUGACUGUAGGAAAAUAAUAUGUGAUAAAUACAAGACUGGAGUUAUUGAUGGGUCAGCAUGUAGCAGUCUUUGUGCUAAAGAAACAUUGUAUUUUGGAAAAUGUUUGUCAACAAAGCCCAAUAAUCAGAUGUAUUUAGGAAUCUGGGGAAAUCUGCAAGGUGUUAUAAAAUGCCAGAUGGAAGAAGCUGCUCAACUUGAUUUUGGUACUGACCCGGAACCAAGGAAGGAAAUAGUCCUAUUUGAUAAACCAACAAGAGGAACCACUGUUGAGAAAUUCAAAGAAAUGGUAUAUGGUCUUUUUAAAGCAAAAUUGGGUGAACAAGGAAAUCUUUCAGAACUGGUUAAUCUCAUCUUAUCUUUUGCUGAUGGAAACAAAGAUGGUAGAGUUUCUUUGCCAGAGGCGAAAUCUGCAUGGGCGCUUCUGCAGCUAGAUGAGUUUUUGUUAAUGGUCAUCUUGCAAGAUAAAGAACAUACUCCCAAGUUGAUGGGAUUUUGUGGGGAUCUCUAUGUGACUGAAAGAGUUGAAUAUACCUCUCUGUAUGGAAUCAGCCUUCCAUGGAUUAUAGAACUUUUCAUUCCCUCUGGCUUCAGAAGAAGCAUGGACCAAUGGUUUACUCCAUCAUGGCCAAGAAAGGCAAAAAUAGCUAUAGGGCUUUUAGAAUUUGUGGAAGACAUUUUCCAUGGACCUUAUGGAAACUUUCUUAUGUGUGAUACAAGUGCCAAAAACUUGGGAUAUAAUGAUAAAUAUGAUUUGAAAAUGGUGGACAUGAGAAAAAUUGUGCCAGAAAUUAAUUUGAAGGAAAUAAUUAAAGAUCGUCAGUGUGAAUCAGAUUUGGACUGCAUUUAUGGUACAGACUGUAGAACUCUAUGUGACCAAAGCAAAAUGAGAUGUACCACAGAAGUAAUUCAGCCAAACUUGGCAAAAGCCUGUCAGCUACUGAAAGACUAUCUGCUUCGUGGUGCUCCAUCUGAUAUCCAUGAAGAACUAGAAAAACAACUGUACUUGUGUAUUGCCCUUAAAGCCACAGCAAACCAGAUGGAAAUGGAGCAUUCUUUAAUACUCAAUAACUUAAAAACCUUACUGUGGAAGAAAAUUUCCCAUACAAAUGAUUCUUAGCUUCUCCAACCGAAGAAGAGAAUAUUGAUGCCUGCCACUAGAGGUGGCCUACCACAUUUGAUAAAAACGAUCUGCAGCAUUUUCUAAAGAUGUUUCUUUACUCAGAUUUCAUCCAUGGCUCUUUAGCUCUUGCC